AUGCCUCCUAGGAAUCCUAUGGCCAUCUGGUCAAGACUAAUGUCUUCUGAGAAGUUAAGAAAGAACCCUCAACCUCAAAAGGUGGCCCCUCCAGAUGGAUCCCAAGACAAGGAGACUUCUGACUUCCUGCCACUGACAGACAAUCUUAGCCAGAACAGCGAAAUCAAUCAAAGGACUGAGCAGUUUACUGAGAUGCACCUGGCCGACCUACAGAAGUUGUUUGAGAAGGAAACAGAUGAGACUGGAGCCCUGAACAAGGAAGGUUUCAUCAGGAUCAUGAAGAAGAUGCUACGCAACAUGUCGGAGGAGAUGCUGGAGGUGCUGUUCCUGAAGGUGGACUCAGACUGCAAUGGCUUCGUCACAUGGCAAAAGUAUGUGGAUUAUAUGAUGCGUGAGUUCCAGGGCAAGGAGGAGAUGAGGAAGAGCCAGUACCGCCUGCGCUUCCACCUUCCCAUGACCGUCAUCCCCCUGCACCAUGGGAGCGAGAUUGUGAAAGUGGCAUUUAUAAUCCAACGGUUCAAAAUGAUGGGGUGUUUCAUGACUGUCACCAAAGAUGGGAUCUUGCAGUUCUGGUCCGAGACUUUCUCAAUAAUGAACUCCUUUAGGCUCUCCCAGAUCCAGCAGUCCUCCCACCAGAAGAUUUGGGUUGUCGAUAUGGUAUAUAUGCACAACAUGAACCUCAUUGCAGUUGCCUCCACGGAGCUGAAGAUAGAGUUCUUUGAUAUCAGUAACCACAAAUGUGUUCAGGCCUUCACCUUUAUUGACCUGGAUAGCUGUGUCAUGGUCAUGGACUAUUGGUCCGACUAUCACAAAGGUGUGUUCUGCUAUGGGGACACCAAGGGCAACGUCGUCAUCUUCAUGUCUGACAAUGUGGCUGGUGGGCUGUUCAACCCACACAUCCUUCCCCGGACCUCCAAAUGGGAUAACCGGAUCAAUAUUUCAUUGCGGAAACUGCUAAAUGAGAAGUCCCCUCUGUAUAGGAGCUUCCGAAUGAAGAGUCUCCACCCCAACUGGUGUCAGCAGGUCAGAUUCAUCCCCCAGCUGAAUGUGGUGGUCUCGUGUUCAGCCACUGAAAGGUCCUCUCUGGUGCUGACAAUCCUGCCAGCCAAAGACCCUGAGAAACCCAGGUUAUCAACAUUGAAUUUAAAAAAAGGAAUUCUCUGCUUUGAUUACUGUCCAGACAGGAACUUCCUGGCAACUGGUGGCUAUGACCCCCACAUCCGCCUGUGGAACCCCCUGGUCUCAAAAAAGCCUGUGUGGCUGAUGAAGGGACAUCAGACAGCAGUGACUCACCUCCUUGUGAACAGCAAGAAUGCCAGCAUCCUGAUCAGCAUCUCCAGGGACAAGAACAUUCGCGUGUGGGACCUGCAGGACUAUGUCUGCCUCCAGUCCUUCUGCGGGAAGCUCUUCAGCCUGGGCAACUGCCCCAUCACCAGUGCCUACUUCCACAGAGACAGAAGUCUCAUCUGUACCACCUACAACAUUGGGAUCCUCAGAGGGUACCUGGAAUCCCAGGGGCCCAUGAAAACAGGGAAGAUGGCAACUCACAAAUCAGGCCUGUGUGCUGUCCUCUACAGCAAGAUCUUCAAGCAGGUGGUGAGUGGCUGCCUACAGGGCACGGUGAGUGUGUGGGACAUCACCACGGGUAAGAAGAGGAUGGAGUUCUCUGUGUCUGCUGACCAGCACAGUGAGCUGACUGCCAUGGCCCUGGAUGAGUCGGAGCGGUGUCUGCUCACGGGCUUGCGUGAUGGCAUAAUGCAGAUGUGGAAUUACAACACUGGGGAGUGCCUAUUGACCUUUCCCAAUGACGACAAAGUGGAGAUUAGUGGAAUUGUCCACAUGAACAAAGCAUUCUACGUGACAGGGUGGAGUAAGAGAAUCACCAAUUUCACGUUCCAGAAGGCCAAGCUGGUACUCUCCUGCUACCACUGGCAGACCUACCACACGGAGGAUGUCCUGAGCAUGGCCAAGUAUCAGAACCAGUUCCUUGGGACCGCUUCCUACAAUGGGGACAUCCUCUUCUGGAAUGUCAGCAUGUUGAAGCCCAUCUUAAAUUUCAAUGCCUCUGAGAGCUCCUUGCCUUUACCACCGAAGAAGGUUAAGGAUGCAGAGGAGUGCAUAGACAACACCCAAAUCUCCCCAGUCAGUAAUGAGCAAAAGUGGGCACAUAAGCAUCCCACAAAGUUCGCUGGCUUUACUGCAAGGCGGAGAUUGAUGUCAGCUCCUCCAGUGAUGAAACGUCGGAGAGACACGGACCAAGAGAAGAAUAUGUCUCAGCAGAAAUCUUCCAGUGCUCAAAAGUCCAAGCUGUCUAACAUGCUCCACGAUAAAUUAUCGGUUCACAAACCUCUUCACAACGACUCUGAAAAGGAAAAGGAGGAGUUCUGGAAGAAGAGACUGCUGCAUCAGAACGUGUCAGUGGAGAAGCUCAUUUUUCUGCAGACCAGGCCUCGUCUGCAACACACAGCUGCCAUGCUGAGCAGCUGCAUUGAUGGCUUCAUCUACGCCUGGUCCAUCCAUGGGAAUGGAGGUCUGCUGGGAAAGUUCCCUGUGGACAUUGAAGCGAAUGGGAAUAUUGUUGUGGGUGCCAUGGCCACCGAUGAAAAUGACUGGAUCCUCAUCACAGGGGACAGUAAAGGAAUGAUCAAGAUCUGGGACAUCAAGGAGUACUGCUUAUUUGUUGGCCAGAGACCACUCCAACCCAGUGGGAUCAAGAUCUCCACUGAAGCGGAGAAUAAGUUCCGAUUCUUAAUUCCUAAACAACUCCAGGCCCGCUCCCAGGACUACAUCCCCGAGAAAGAGAAGGAGGUUGUGGAUGGCCAGACCAUUUCUCUGGUUCCCCCACCCCUUCUGAUUACCUGGAGUAGCCACCUGGAGAGCGUGACCGAUAUCCUGUACGUGGACAUCUUCCAGCUGGUUGUCAGUGCUGGCUUGGAUGGGGACGUCAAGGUCUGGAAACUCUCUGGUGAUGCCAUAGGAACGUUCGGCCUGAACAUUUGGAAGAGGCUGCAGGAGGCCACGAUGGACGAUGGUCAGGAGCAGGCAGCAACUUCAGAGGAAAAGCCCGACUUCGCUGGCACCACCCUCAAGAGAUCCUUCUUGGAGCUGCACAAGGAACUGGCCCAAGCCCUGGUGUACCAGCGGCGUGAGCAGGCGGCACUGAUGGCUCUCCUGCACGGGAAAGCAGAGAAGGAAGCUAAGGCCCGUGUCCGGCUGCACCAGAUGUCCCGCAAAGCCCCAUGGACCAAAGAGCAUUCUGUGGAAGACAUCGAGGAGAGCUGGAAUCAAUGGACUAAGGACAAGCAGGCGAGCAAAAUCGUGGGAACAGCUUACAAGCCCAAGGAGCAUGUUCGGAACUCCAAACUCCUGGCUACCAGAGUGCAGUAUAGCUGGAUGAGGCAGCAGAUUUCCCCUCAGAUCUACCAAAGCCUGUGUUUCACUGACCUUAAGCCAAUCCAACAACCUGACUUCCUGAUGCAUAAGGUCCUGGACCACCAGGACCGGCACAUUCGCUGGGUGGCUAGCGAUAUCCGGAGCGAGCUGGACUUUAUCCGAAGCCAGAUCUUCAUGGACUUGGCAGCCAGCAGCACACCUGCUGCGACCCCUUCCUCCCUCUCCAUGCUUUCCCUGGGAGCAUCAGCUUCCAGGGUUCUGGACUCCAACUUGUCUACCUCCGUGAGACCCCGUUCCUCAGUCUCCUUGCUGAGGCCCUGGUCAGCCUCUCCAGGACAGUCUAGCUCGUCCACAUCACCCCAGACCUUGAGUCUGUCCCGCAAAGGCCAGAAACUGCCAUACCAGGGUCUCCCUGCCUCGUGCAGCAUCCGAAGCCUGGGGGAGCCACCCUCAUGUUCUCUGUGA